AACUUGCUUUUUCUUUUCAUUUCUCUUCUCCAAAUCCCUUCUGAUUCCUUUUAACAAGAAGAGAAAGAAGUACUUUGGUCUUCUUUCUCUCAACCCCAUUGUCUUCUCUCUUUUUUAAGUUAAAACCUUUUCUUCUCUCCCAAAUCUUUAACAUGGGUGGUUGUGCUAGCAAGCCCAAGACCACCACUGAGAAAGAAGUCACCCCCUUGCCCGUCCCCGUCGUUAAAGUGUCGAAGGAGACGACAAUGGCGAUACCGAGUAUCAAGGAGAAGGAAGUCGAGGUCGAAACUGAAGAGAAAAAGAGUGAUGAUCAAGUUGAUGUGAAGAAGGUUGAUCAAGGUGAAAAGAAGGUUGAGGAGGAGGAUAACCAACCGCUCUCUCUCGGAUGUUUGCUCAUUCAGGACAAACAAGAAGUGGAAAUUCCACCAGAGCCCAAAAAAGAGGAGCCCAAAGAGGAAGUCAAGGAUGAGGCAGCGAAACCAACAGAAGCAGCUCCAGCAGCGGUGCCGGAACCUCAAAAAUCCAUUGUCGAGGCAGCGGUGCCGGAGCCCCAGAAAGCCACUGCCGAGGUAGCAGCGCCUGAACCCCAAAAAGCCACCGUCGUCGAGGCAGAGCCUAAGAAAGCCGCCGUCGAGCCAGCUGCGGCUGUACCCGAGAAACCCAUCGUCGAGGCGGCGGUAGAACCCAAAAAAGCCACCGAAGAGGAGAAGAAAACCGCCGUGGAGGCACCUAAAACAGUUGAAACCAACGUUGAGGCACCAUCACCGGCAGUAGCAGUGGCAACAGAGAAGCAAUGAUUAAUGUUUUUUUUUUGGAAAGAAAGACGUUGCAUAAAUCUGAGGGAAAUUUCUAGACAGAAGAUUUGAUACAAAAUGGAAUUCGUUGCAUUUGGAACAUUUAAUUUCUCUUUAUCAUUCAGAAAUUGCUCAUAAUUUGAU